UCCCAGCAGUACCUCUGUGAUCGAGACAUCAUCACUAUCCUGUGACCAAUCAGAUCUGAGGCAGUUGCAUUGUUCUCUCAGUUUGGGAGACCACUGCUUGACAAUUCUGAGAUCCUUACCUUUGGAAUUCCGUGCAGGACAACAUGAUUUUGAAACAUUUGAAAUGUAUCUUGGUUCUACAAUACUUUAUUCGUUUUGUCGCAACAGAGAUUGCAGCUGAGAAAGCUCUCCCUGAGCCGCUCAACCUGUCAUUGACGUGGGAGUCUGAAUUCCGUAUAAAGCUGUCGUGGAACGCACCAAAGGAUUUAGAUGCAUCAUGCAAGGUGAACUACAUGAUCACUACAACGAUCGGAGAGAGGAGACCCAAAGUAGAGACAACUUUCAAGUUGUAUAAAGAGUAUAGACUCUCUACGGAAGAUGCAGUGAAUUACACAGUGCAAACAAACCCCAAACACUGUAUAGGUAGAACCAUAAGCAAACCUGUCAGCAAAUCCAUCACUAAACCCACAGAGUUGGUGAAGAACUUCCAGUGUUCCCUCUACUCCUCUAAGGCCAUGAACUGCAGCUGGCUCCCAGCCAAUCAGGCCUCAGACCUCCAGCUCUACUAUGGGUACCUUGGUCCCUCCCACAUAGCAGCAUGCAGUGAGUACCAGUACAGAGAUGGUCAGAGGACAGGAUGUCACCUGAGAGGAUCCUUCCUUCAAUAUGACGUCUACUUCAAGGUCAAUGGGACUCUCGAUGGCUUAUCUGUACAGAAUAACUUCCUGGUGCUUCCAAGAUAUCAUGUCAAGCCCCCGGCCCCUAAGGUGAAGAUCACAGAGGAAGGUAGGAAUCUCAUCCUGAGCUGGGACCCUCCGGACAUAGGCGCUGUCCACUGCUGGAAUUUCAUCUUAAAAUACAACAAGUGUCAAGAGUCUCUGGGUAAGGAAAUACAAUUGGAACAUGUACCAGGGAAGGUUUCAUAUGACCAGAGAUGCCAGUACAGAGUCAAGCUUAAAGCAGUCUAUACGAAAUGGUGUGGGGAAGGAGGCAGCGACUGGAGCGAAGAGGAAAUCUAUGGCACAGAAAUACGUUUUUCCCCCAAGAUUCCCCCGAGGACCCUAACUGCACUGCUUAAGAGUGUCCGGAGUGGGAGCUCCGCAAUCGAUCAUAGAUCAGCACUCCAACUCUGAAACCACUCAAGACUGCAAUUUUUCCUCUCUCUAUACCUCUCUCUUUCCUUUCUUCUGUGCUGUUCAAGCAGCUCUGGAUUUCUGUGCUUCUCCACCCUAGCUUUUGAUGCAGCCUUCUUUCUUUUCUUAUCUGCCAAGACGUUUAUCUGCCAAGAUAACAAGAAGUUUAAAUUAAUCCGAUUGUUCUAGAUUAUUGCACAUCCACUAAUGGGGCAUUACACUCAAAAAAUGUCAAGUUUGGCACAUGUUUGCACACCUCAAAGGUAGUCUUAUGUCUCAAAAGUAGACUUAAAGGGAUAGAUCACCGAAAUUACAAACGUACAUUGGAUUCCUUACCCUGUAAGCAGUCAAUGGACAAGGCAAGACAGCAAUCCAUGCUUUGGUUUAUAGCACAAAACCACUGCAAGUGGAUAUCCCCGACUUUUUUUUUUUUUAUAAGCAUUUUCACAUUCCAUGUCCAAAUCAUCCCAGUGCCAAAAAUUGAUUGUCUAGCUCAAUACAGUUAGUUUAAGAUGAUUUGGACAUGAAAUGUGAAAUAUGCUAAUAUCACAGAUAUUCAGUUAAAUUGGUUUUGUGCUAUCAAUGUUAAAAAGAUGGAGACCGUGACCAGGUAAACAAAACCCAAGCAAGGAUUGAUGUGUUCUCUUGUUAAUAGACUGCUUACAGGUUAAGGAAGCAAGCAGAAUACUACCCUGUACCCCACUGCUGGCUUGCCUCGGAAGCUAAGCAGGGCAGAUACUGUUGGAAGUGGUGUCGGAGGGCCAGUAGGAUGCACUCUUUCCUCUUGUCUAAAAAAAUAUAUAUCCCAAUGCCUUGGGGCAGUGAUUGAGGACAUUGCUUUGUGUAGGGUGCUGUCUUUCAGAUGGGAUGUUAAAUGGGUGUCCUGACUCUCUGUGAUCACUAACGAUCCCAUGGCACUUAUCUUAAGAGUAAGGGUGUUAACCCUGGUGUUCUGACUAAAUUCCCAAUCUGGCGACCUAAUCAUCCCCAGCUUCCAAUUGGCUCAUUCAUCACCCCUCUCCCCUGUAAUUAUUCAACAGGUCAUUGCUAUAAAUGCGAAUGACUUCAGUCAAUUUAACUGGUAAAAUAAGGGUUAAAUAAAAUUAACACAAAUUACAUAUUGGUUUAUUUAACUAUCCAUUUAAAUCCACAUCCCAGGCCAUUUAUUGUGUAGACACACCUAUAUGCAAAAACCCAAAAAUGAUUGAAAAAGAUAAGCACCAAAUAAGACCUGGAAAUUAUAUGGUGUUGAUCUUUUCCUGUUGGCGUUGAGACAUACAGCUGGCUUGGGGUUUGUAUUCAUCUUGUGAAAAGGAGAAAAUAAAAAAAUAUAUAAUUAUAAGAAUG